ACUAAGUUGAGCACUGCCUGUCUGAAUUCAUAAAAAGUUUGAUUCUUGUUGGAGCUACCCGAGUUGCCAUGAUACCACCUGCUGCAGUUGCCACUUUUGACAAGCCCAACGAUCCGGCUGUUAUGGCUUUUGAUCGCGAUCAUCCCCAGAAAAUCGAUGCAGACGACAGGAUGAAGAAUACGAAGACCAUGUUGGGAGAUGAGGAGGAAUUGACUACAACCCCGAAGGCCGCCGAAGCGCCACAAGAACAACAUCAACAACCAGUCCUCUCUUUCCUUAUCUCCGAAGCCAUCGAGACCAUUAAGCGCCUUGGCUUCUCCCUGACCCCCACCCAGUCUGAUCUAGUGAAGACGAUUCUGUCCCAAUCAAGCUCUACCACCACCACCAUCAACGCUGCAACCAACCGAAAUGCCAAAGAACCGUCCCGAGAUCAGAACGUGGCUUCGGAAGCUGCCAAAAGUGAGAAGCAGAUCGCAGUGUUAAAGGCCCCUGAGCCACCGUCGUGUAAAGACGAAAAAGAGUCGACGGAGAUGCAAGUGGCGAACCCGAGGACAGUGCAAGACCAAUUUGGGAACACAUUGGAUUCUUCGAUUCAGCCAUUUCCGACUGCUACCCCUGCCACGCGCGGCCCACAUGCAUCCCAACCCGGAGCAUUUGCUGUUGCAGGCAUCAAUUCUCCGAGGAUGGAAAUUGAAGAGGACCUCAGCUUGGUGGUGACACAGGAUCCAGAAGUUGGUCUGCCCCCAUCUUCAUCUGUACCAUACCUGUCUCUGGAAAGUUCAAAUCCAAAUCCAGAUUUGGUUCAGGCUCAGCCAGUGAAUGAGGUGAACACUGAGAGUCUUCAACAUGCAGAAGAUCUAAGCAGGCGCAAGGCAACACGUGCCGACCUAAGGGUUAUGAUGAGCAAAUUUGCAGCCUGUGGCCUUCUGCUUGUCCUGGUGAUUGUCGUCCCUGUGGGCUUGGUCGCGAGAAACAAGAGUGGGGACUCAGGAUUGGAGACAAAAAACGUAGCAUCGCCUACGGAUGCACCCUCUCUUCUGCCCGACUCUGAAGUACCAGUAUCGCUGGAAGAUCAAGUCUUGAGCCUGCUCCCACCUGAAACCAUAACCAACAUCCAAACUGGUGGCUCAUCCAAUCAAUCGUUGACACCACAGGCCCAAGCCUUUCAGUGGAUAAUGCAAGACCCUGCCAUUGGAAUCUAUUCAGAUGAGCGAAUCAUCCAACGCUUUGCUCUUGCAACUUUAUACCAUGCAACAAAUGGCCCAGAGUGGUUCCAGAACAACCACUGGCUCAACUACACCAAACAUGAAUGUGAAUGGUUUGCAAGAGAUGGUUCCAAAGUGUACUGGCCUUCCGAUCCUGAUCCCGAUUUCCCCUGUGGUGCCAGAUACUCACCCGAAGGAGAAACCUAUGAAAAGCUGUGGCUCUAUGAAAACAACCUCCAAGGAGAGCUACCUGCAGUUGAGUUGGCUCUGUUGACAUCCUUGACCAGUAUCUCCAUCAAUCGCAACCCGCAGAUGGAAGGGACAAUAUCUUCUUAUCUUGGAAAACUUUCCAAACUGAAGAUGUUGGAUAUGUCUCGCCUUGAAAGCCUUGAAGGGUCCAUGCCCUCAGAACUGGCUUUGUUGACCGCCUUAACUGGCCUUUCCUUAUUGUACAAUGGGUUGGAAGGCUCCAUUCCGUUGGAAUUGUUUUCAGUUUCAACCCUGAAGCACCUGUUUGUGGACAACAAUGAGCUCACAGGGACCCUGGCUUCAGAGAUUGGGAAACUGAGCUUGCUGGAGAACCCCUACCUUCACAGCAACUUAUUGAGUGGAACCUUGCCUACAGAGCUAGGGUUGCUUUCAUUUGUGGAUCAUCUUUCCUUAGACAAGAACCUUUUCCACGGACCGCUUCCUUCCGAACUUGGACAACUGUCUGCUGUGGAACACUUUGUCCUCAUGCACAACGCAAUCACAGGGACUGUACCGACAGAGCUGGGGUUGUUGAAUAGGCCUAGGUUGGAUGAAAGAGGUCCAACUUACUACAUGAACCUGGGACACAAUCUGUUGGAAGGACCACUCCCAUCAGAACUUGGUCAGUUGUCCCUUACAAAGCAUCUUUGGCUCAACAACAAUAGCUUCACAGGACAGCUGCCAGAAGAAAUUGAGAGGAUGGUUACAAGUGGAUCCUUGCUCUCGUUGAACUUGACCCUCAAUCCAUUGCUGUCAGGUACAAUUCCCCAGGCGCUGUGCUCGGUUGGCCCAGGCCCAAAUGUAUCGUGUCCUAUAGACAACAAAUGGUACCAGGCAUGUGGGCUGUCCUUUGAUUGCGAUCAACACCAGAGUGGCAGUCUUUGUGGGUGCAACUGUCCCUGCAUCCAGACUGCCAAGAACAACGGAAGUGGCGGGCCAUAGAGGCUCUCCAGAGUAUUGAUGACUUCAGCAGCUGUAGCGUUGAAGGUUGGACCUUUGUAAGUGCAUUUUUUGUUAAUAGUUUAUACGAACCGCCAAUUUACC